AAAAUAAUUGAGGGGAGCUGUAUUUAUAACAGAAUCCCGUAGAGCAGGCAAUUAGCUCUCAAAAUCAAAUCAGCAAUGGCAUCCCUUCCGAUCUCAAAUCCCCAUUCCGAUUCCCAGCCGCCGAUCUCUACGCCGGCCUUCCGCGCCUUCAUCUCCCGCCUCAGCGGCACAAUCCGCCACGGAUUCUCACAGCGCCGCCCCUGGUUGGAGCUUCUGGAUCGCUCCUCCUUCGCCCGGCCAGACUCCCUCUCGGAGGCCGCCUCACGCAUCCGCAAAAACUUUUCCUACUUCCGCAUCAACUACAUAUCCCUCCUCGCUCUCUCCCUCGCACUCUCUCUCAUCUCCCACCCGUUCUCGCUCCUCGUCCUUUUCUCUCUCCUCGCCGCGUGGCUCUUCCUGUACUCAUUCCGCCCUUCGGAUCAGCCGGUCGUUGUCGCCGGCCGCACGUUUUCGGAUCGGGAGGUGCUGGGGAUUCUGGUGGUCUCCACCAUAGUUGUGGUGUUCCUCACCAGCGUCGGAUCCGUGCUCAUAUCCGCCUUGCUUGUCGGCCUCUCCGUCGUUUGCGCUCACGGCGCUUUCCGCAUGCCUGAGGAUUUGUUUUUGGAUGAGCAGGAACCGCUUGGUUCCGGAUUUCUCUCGUUCCUAGGUGGCGCCGCCUCCUCCGCCGCCGCUGCUGCGGCGGCUUCUCCGGCCAUGUCCACGCGCGUGUAACUUGGAAUCAGAUCAGAUCUGGUCGGUGUUCAUGGGAUUCAACCCGAAAGGUACACGAUUCUAGUUAGUUUCUUCGAUUUUAGUUGAGUUUAAUUCGACUGAAUUGUAUUAUUUGUUCCCAAUAGGGAAAUUGAAAAUUCAUGUUCAUCCUGAUAUAGUUAGUUAGGCAUUUUCCAUCUUCAAUUGAUUUGAUCCAGGAUCUUAAAUGUAAUAUCGUAACUUGAAUUCUUCUGCAAAUUCUUUUAUGUCAUUCUUAAGUAAUUUGAUAUUGCCAAGCAGAUCUAUUAUGAGAUCUGUAUUUCAUGUUUAAACA